ACCAAAUGUGGAAGCGUUGCUGCAACCGUUAUUAUCAAUAAACGAACUGAAUAUAAUAAAUUGCAACAAUUUUGCGUAAUCCUCUGCGCAAUACAUUUCCACCCCCUAAAAAAAAUCGUGCAUCAAGUUCGGACGUUUUCGUCGAGUGCGGUCACUGACUGGAGUGCAGUCACAAGAUGCGAAGACGGAGCGCCGACGUCUGAAGGUGAAAUGAACCUGGGGAUGAUCAAGAACAGGAGUACUUUGAUCAAGAAGUGGAGAUAGCAACUUUAAAAACCAUCAGGGCUUUAUAAAACCACCGUCCAUACUAUAGCUUAGUUUUAUUCAUAUCCAGAAACAGAGACGCAAUCUAGUUAUUGACUAACUAUUUUAUUUGAACAACAACAAGAAAUUGUCCCCGACGGGUAGACAGAGAACGCAACAAUGGCACAUUUAAUCCGAAGCAAAUUUCAAAAUAAACUGUCAAAUGCGGCCACCUCCGUGUCGAAUAAAUCCACGGCGAAGGUGAGCGGCAUGAUGGCCAGGAUGGGCUUCCAGGCCGCCACAGACGAGGAGGGACUGGGCUUCGCCGCAUGCGAUGAUUUGGAUUACGACCACCGGCAAGGACUGCAGAUGGACAUCAUGAAAUCGGAUGAAAUGGGUGGUGGUGACACUGGAGAGGGGAGCGGAGAGGGUGGAGGAGAAGAUGGAAUGGCGGCUGGGGACAGCCACUACCAGAGAGAUGGCACCGGCCCUCCGCUCUCCGCUUCUAAAGCCUCAGGUCUGGGAGAAGAAGAAAAAUCACCGAAAAUCACCGCGUGGGAAGCUGGCUGGAAUGUCACGAAUGCAAUCCAGGGGAUGUUCGUUCUGGGUUUACCAUACGCCAUUCUCCACGGGGGAUACCUCGGACUGUUUCUCAUUAUUUUCGCCGCCGUGGUGUGUUGCUACACGGGGAAAAUCCUCAUCGCCUGCCUGUACGAGGAGGACGAAGACGGUCAGCUGGUGCGUGUAAGGGACUCAUACGUGGACAUUGCAAACGCCUGUUGUCAACCGAGGUUUCCAUCUUUAGGUGGCCAUAUCGUGAAUGUAGCCCAGAUCAUCGAGCUGGUGAUGACGUGUAUCUUGUACGUGGUUGUGAGCGGAAACCUGAUGUACAACAGCUUUCCCACCCUCCCCAUCUCACAGAAGUCCUGGGCCAUCAUGGCCACCGCCGCCUUGCUGCCCUGCGCCUUCCUGAAGAACCUCAAGUCCGUGUCAAAGUUCAGUUUGCUGUGCACUAUCGCGCACUUCGUCAUCAACAUCCUUGUAAUUGCCUACUGCCUCUCUAGAGCGCGCGACUGGGCCUGGGACAAAGUCAAAUUCUACAUCGAUGUGAAGAAGUUCCCCAUUUCUAUUGGAAUCAUCGUGUUCAGUUACACGUCUCAGAUUUUCCUUCCGUCACUCGAGGGGAACAUGGUGAAGCCCAGUGAGUUCCACUGUAUGAUGAACUGGACCCACAUCGCAGCAUGCGUCCUCAAAGGCCUGUUCGCCCUUCUGGCUUACCUGACCUGGGCGGAUGCCACCAAGGAGGUCAUCACCGACAACCUGCCGUCAACCAUCAGGGCUGUUGUGAACCUUUUCUUAGUGGCCAAAGCUUUACUGUCAUACCCAUUGCCAUUCUUCGCUGCGGUUGAAGUAUUGGAGAAAUCAUUUUUCUGUGAACGAGAACGCACAUGGUUCCCAGAUUGCUAUGGAGGCGACGGAAGACUGAAAGCCUGGGGCCUCACUCUCAGAUGCACCCUUGUGGUGUUCACGUUGCUCAUGGCCAUUUAUGUACCGCAUUUUGCUCUUCUCAUGGGUCUGACCGGCAGCCUGACGGGCGCGGGGCUUUGCUUUCUGCUCCCCAGCCUCUUCCACCUCAAGCUACUAUGGAGAAAGCUGCUAUGGCACCACGUGUUCUUUGAUGUCGCUAUAUUUGUAAUAGGGGGCAUAUGCGCCAUCUCUGGUUUCAUCCACUCAAUGGAGGGACUAGUAGAAGCUUACAAGUAUGGCAUAGAAGAUUAGCCAAGCCACUGUCUGCUGGAUAUCGAUGUUUUUUUGCACAUCCCCUUAUAGUGUAUAACUGAAAUCCCCACUGAGCGCACUCAGUGCAUCCCUGCUUACAGAAUUCAUGCGAAAUAAAUGCGUGCACCGAAAUGCAGUGCAAGCACUCAUUUGUGCUCACUCAUUACACACGCACACACAGUGGGACAGAGUCUAAAUAUGAUAUGGACAAUUCAACUUGUAAUGUAUAAAUAUGAGAACAACAUGCAUAUCCAUAUUUUUCAGUGGAGUGAAGGUUUACAAUAGUUCAAUCGACCUAAACAAAAUUGCAAAAUGGGACAUGUUUCUUCAUCUCUCUGUGGUGUUUUCCCAUCUUGAGAGACAUUUCAUUUGAAAUGCAAGUAUGUGGUUUUGGACGACAAUUUGACGGCAUCGUGACUAAAAAUGGUAUAAACAAAGUUGUGCGUUUGAUGUGAUGGCACUUUCUUCUACAUGAUUUUCAAUGUUUCAGUGGGCAGUGAAUGUAAUUAUUAAUUAACACGUUGACAUACUAUAAUGUGGACCUAUUAUGAUGGAAACUACUAAAAUGGCAAUACAUUAUAGGCUAUCAGCAAGACAACAUAAAUAUAAUACAUACCGUGAAUGAUGAUACAGUGUGUUAAUGAAUACUAGGAAUAUCCCAAAUAUCUUGGAGAUUUAUUUAGAAGUCAUUUGUAUUCUCUCCAAGCGCUAUUUCGAAACAGCAUUAGCUACAUUGAAUGUAUAAUAUUCAGACAAAAGAAAAGUGUUCAGGAAUUAGGAGGCGGGAAAGAAAACGUUCACUACCUGAAAGACGUGUUUUGGAAAUUUGAAUAAACAUUUAAACACAUGGUUAGGCCUAAACACAUAUCGCACAGGUUAUGAAAUUGGGAAGAAAAAAAGACGGCAAAUGCCUGUGAAGUAAUAGGAUGUGUCAUUAUCGUUUGAAGAAGGCCCCACAAGUCCGUCACUUGACCGAUAUUCGCCACAUGAUUAAGAUCACCAUGGAAUUCGGUCACUGUAAAUUCGAAUUUAUCCCCUAAUGUUUCAUAUUAUAAUGCAUUUUACUUGUAAACUAUACCUUCGAGAUUAAUUGAAAUGAUUCGAUGUCCGGAAUUAAGUGUCUGAAUCAUACAAAUAUGAAGAGAUCAUGAAAAUAAGAAAAUGUGCAUAAAGACAUUUUUCAUUCUGCACAAUCCAACGGUCCUGUGGAAAUGUUAUAAAACAGUAUGUGUAGUGUAUUGUGGUUUCAAAAAGAUGGAAUGUAAAUCUCAAAUCGUGAUCAUAUAUCGUGAAAAUGAAUAUUAAAGAAUAAAGAAAUAAGUUAACUUAUAUCAUAUACAUUUGUGUGGUGGGUUUUAUGUGAUAAAAACGAAAAACCGUGAGAACAUGUACACUGAACAAAAAUAUAAAUGCAACAUGUCAAGUGUUGGUCCCAUGUUUCACGAGCUGAAAUAAAAUAUCCCAGAAAUUAGACAUACAAAGAAAAAGCUUAUUUGCACAAAUUUGUUUACAUCCCAGUUAGGGAGCAUUUCUCCUUUGCCAAGAUAAUCUAUCCACCUGACAGGUGUGGCAUGUCAAGAUUAAAGCUGAUUAAAUCAAAUUAGCAUUGUACCUUGUGCUGGGGACAAUAAAUGGCCACUUUAAAAUUAGCAGUUCUGUCACACAAUGCAAUGCCACAGCUAUGGAGAGCAUGCAAUUGGUAUGCUGACUGCAAGAAUGUCAACCAGAGCUGUUGCCAGAGAAUUGAAUGUUAAUUUCUCUACCAUAAACUGCCUCCAACGUUGUUUUUAGGGAAUUUGGCAGUACGUCCAACAGGCCUCAGAACCGCAGACCUGCGGAAUCGUCUGAGACCAGCCACCUGGACAGCUGAUGAAACUGAGGAUUAUUUCUGUCUCUAAUGAAGCUCUUUUGUGGGGAAAAAGUAAUUGGCUAGGCCUAGCUCCCCAGUGGGUGGACCUAUGCCCUGUGGGUAUGCACAACCAAAGAAUUUCUGCACAAAGAAUCAGACACCGUAUCAGGGAAGCUCAUCUGCGUGCUUGUUGUCCUCAUCGGGGUCUUGACCUGACUGCAGUUUAGCAUCUUAACCGACUUCAGUGGGCAAAUGUUCACCUUCGAUGGCCACUGGCACGCUGGAGAAGUGUGCUCUACACGGAUCAAUCCCGGAUUCAACUGUACUGGGAAGAUGGCAAACAGGGUGUAUGGCUUUUUGUGAGAGAGCAGUUUCCUGAUGUCAAUGUUGUGGACAGUGUGCCCCAUGGUGCCAGUUGGGUUAUGCUAUGGGCAGGCAUAAGCUACAGACAACGAACACAAUUGCAUUUUAUCAAUUUGAUUGCACAGAGAUACCGUGACGAGAUCCUGUGGCCCAUUGUCGUGCCAUUCAUCCUCACCUUUCAGCAUGAUAAUGCACGGCCCCAUGUCACAAGGAUCUGUACACAAUUCCUGGAAGCUGAAAAUGUCCCAGUUCUUCCAUGGUCGGCAUACUCACCUGACAUGUCACCCAUUGAGCAUGUGUGGGAUGCUCUGGAUCGACGUGUACGACCACGUGUUCCAUUUUUCUACCAAUAUCCAGUAACUUUGUACAGUCAUUGAAGAGGAGUGGGACAACAUUCCACAGGCAAAAAUCAGCUGCCUGAUCAACUCUAUGCAAAGGAGAUGUGUCGCGCUGCAUGAGGAAAAUGGUGGCCACACCAGAUACUGACUGGUUUUCUGAUCCACGCCCCUACUUUUACAUACAUAUCUGUAUUCCCGCAUGUUGCGGUUAUAUUUUUUGUUCAGUGUAUUUUUUUGGGAUAAAUAUAAUAA